AUGAUUAAAGCAAUACUUGUGUUUAAUAAUUCAGCUAAACCACGAUUAAUAAAAUUUUUUGAAUACUAUCCCGAAGAAAUUCAACAGCAAAUCGUUCGAGAAACUUAUCAUUUAGUAUCAAAACGCGAUGAAAAUGUAUGUAAUUUUCUUGAAGGUGGUUCACUAAUUGGUGGAAAUGAUUAUCGUUUAAUUUAUCGUCAUUAUGCAACAUUAUAUUUUAUAUUUUGUGUUGAUAGUUCCGAAAGUGAAUUAGGUAUACUUGAUUUAAUUCAAGUUUUCGUUGAAACACUUGAUAAAUGUUUCGAGAAUGUCUGUGAACUUGAUCUUAUUUUUCAUGCGGACAAAGUUCAUUAUAUUCUACAGGAAUUAUGUUUAGGUGGUAUGGUAUUAGAAACAAGUAUGAAUGAAAUUGUUGCACGAAUUGAAGAACAAUCGAAAUUAGAAAAACAAGAAGCAGGAAUAUCAGCUGCACCAGCAAAAGCAAUGACAGCAUUAAAAGAAAUGAAUUUACCGCAAAAGAUCAAAGAUAUUAAAUUACCUGAUUUGAAUCUUAAUUUACGUUUUUAA